AUGGCAAAGCCCAAUGAAGGGUGGCCCAAAAGUGCUGGGGAGUCCACCAUGGAUCCCAGUCAACUAAGUUUGACUCUUGGGAGUAGAUCCUGGGCGCUGAGAUCAUCUGGUCAACAGGGAAAGAGGCAUAUAACUAGUGACAAGUGUCCCAAUGGUGGAGUCACUUGUCACCACCGUGUCAGAAUAAACACAACAAUUAAAACAAAAAAUACACAAAUAGCAAUUCAUUUUUCAAAACGCUCUCUCUCUUCUUCUAAACACAGAACUGAUGUGCAACCUAUCCUCAUCGGAAAACACAAACCCGCCAAAGAAGGAGGUGGCACAUGGUGGCCUCCUCCGUAUUCUCCGGUGAACACCACCUAA